AUGGCGGAUCCUCGCAUUCAGUUCGGCGAUGCAAUCCAGCCUGUAGCCUCUCACGGCGGUGGGGUUUACACUUUAAGAAGCAGGGAAGCCACAGGGGUCGGUAGCAUUCGUGGUACAAGUCAGACUCGGCGCGAUAAAAAAGAAGAUGUUGAUACCGAGUCCAACAAUGUGGAGGAUCGCGACAUCAAGACUAAACAGGUCUUCUCUGGAUGGAAGCUGCUUUGGCUAGGCUAUCAAUCUAUUGGCGUGAUCUAUGGCGACAUCGGCACGAGCCCGCUAUACGUCUACUCGUCCACCUUUACGGAAGACCCCAGCUACGACGACCUUCUUGGAGCUCUAUCCUUGAUAAUAUGGGCUCUCACGAUCAUGGUCACCAUCAAAUAUUGUCUCAUCAUCCUGCGAGCCGACGAUGAAGGAGAAGGCGGAACGUUCGCACUCUUCUCGCUGUUGUCUCGAUAUGCCAAUAUUGUUCGACGUGAUCCUCGUGAAGAACAAAUGAUCAGAAUGGAACGCCAUGUCACCGGCGAGCUGGGCAGAUCUGCCCAAAAGACACGAAAUCUGAUGGAGCGCUCCCGUUUCAUGCAAUGGCUCUUGAAGAUCGUCGGUGUCUUCGGUGUUGCAUUGGUCAUGUCCGAUGGCGUGUUGACCCCAGCACAAUCCGUUCUCGGUGCCAUCCAGGGCAUCGAGGUCGUAUCACCAGAUAUCACGAACGCCACGAUCAUCGGAGUGUCCUGUGCCAUCCUCGUGGUGCUUUUCUUGAUUCAGCCAUUCGGAAUAACCAAACUCGCGAGCUCGUUUGCUCCUAUCGUCAUCGUCUGGCUCCUAUUCAACGCAGUCUUCGGCAUCUACAACCUUGCUCGACACGAUGCUUCCGUAUUAAAGGCAUUCUCUCCAUAUUUUGCGGGAGCGUAUCUCGUGAGGAACCAAACGGAGGGCUGGAAAAGCCUGGGAGGCAUUCUUCUGGCCUUUACUGGCUGUGAAGCGCUCUUUGCCGAUCUUGGAGCUUUUACACAUCGCGCCGUUCAGCUCUCAUGGCUCGGAUUCGCUUUCCCAUGCUUGCUCUUGGGUUAUAUUGGACAAGCCGCUUACAUCUCUGAUAAUCGCACGGCCUGGACAAAUCCAUUCUACAACACGGUCCCCCCCGGGUGCUUCUGGCCGUCACUGGUCGUUGCUAUCCUUGCCGCUAUUGUGGCCAGUCAAGCUAUGAUUACAGCGGUAUUCCAGUUGUUGUCCCAGAUCAUGAAGCUAUCCUAUUUCCCUCAGAUCCGAAUUGUGCACACGUCCAAGAUCUUUUAUGGCCAGCUUUAUAUUCCCAUUGCCAACUGGCUGCUCAUGAUCGGAACUGUCGUGGUGACGGCUGUCUACAACAAUACCACCAAUCUGGGCCACGCAUAUGGAGUUUGCGUCAUCCUGGUGACCUUUUUGAGCACUUGCAUGGUUGCUCUGGUAGCCUUGAUUGUGUGGCGCGUGCCGACCGUGAUUGUCGCGUUUGUCUGGCUGAUAUUCGCCCUGUUCGACGGAGUGUUUCUCUCCGCUGCUUUGACCAAGGUUCCGGAAGGAGCCUGGUUCACGUUGGCACUUGCGGUAGUGUUAUCCUGCAUCUUUAUUCUCUGGAGAUUCGGAAAAGAACAACAGUGGAAAGCUGAGGCGUCCGAUCGGUUCCCACCGUCGCAUAUGAUCCGAGCUGCGGAAAGAACCAAUGAAUACAGCCGGAAGUUGAGGCUUUCUCCAGCCUUUGGUGGUCAAGAGAUCACCCGCAUCGACGGCAUGGGUAUCUUCUUUGACAAGGCUGGGGCGCCAUCCACCACUCCCACUGUUUUCAUACACUUCCUUCAAAAAUUCCACGCGGCAUCGGACAUCAUCAUCUUUUUUCAUCUCCGACCGCUCCAGAUCCCUACUGUUCCACCUGAGGAGCGUUACACCGUAACGCGAUGUUAUAUCGGAACCGAAGGCGAUAGCAAAUGUCCAAUGCCAGGUACCUAUCGCCUCACGAUCCGCCACGGCUACAAUGAUGAAGUCAUUUCCGAGAAUCUGGGCCUUCUGCUCUACGAACAAACUCGCAACUAUAUGAUUCGAGAAGGCGUCGACGUAAAGUCGACUGAGCCCGAACACGUGAACCAUCUGAAGGAGACGGUGUUCGAGGAGAAAGCAAUAGACUCCACGCGCCCAUCGUUCGAACAGCCUGACCUCGCUGCGAAGCUGGCCGAACUCCAACGUGCAUUUUCGAGUCAGGUGGUCUAUGUGGUUGGGAAGGAGCAAAUGCGUGUGAAGCCUGGAACCAACAUUGUAAGGAGGAUUCUAUUAGAGCUAUUCUUGUGGAUUAGGGACAAUACUCGGUCGAAAGUGCAAGCGUUGAAUAUUGCCGUGGACAAACUUGUGGAGGUUGGGUUUGUUAAGGAGGUGUGA